AUGGCAACCAGACCCUUGAAACGCCCUCGCCAAUCAGCUGGUUGGCCAAGCCAACCGACGGACAUAGACAACGAAGUCGUGGCUUUAGGUGGAACAACCCACGCAAUCGACCUCAAAGACGACACUAUACAGUCUCAAAAAGCACCCGUCAGUAGGGAAAAACGUCUGGAGGAACUCGUGAGAGACUCCGGCCGUCUCAGACAAGAACUUGACUACUGGAAAGGCGUCGCCCUGAAGGGGUCCACCUUCAUAGCCAACGUCGACGAAGCUGUUGCGCAGCUUGCCGACAUUGUCAGCAGAUUUAGGAGUGUCCUUAGCGAGACAAACUCUGUGGUGGCGGAGAAUAGUAUGGCUCGUGAUAAUCCGUCAGAGUCCGAUCUCAACGGCGACCUAGAGAGACAGACCGGUUGUAGACAAGACUUGCCGUUGACGACAGCCGACCUCAAUCUACUCCUGACUCCUGUCAGACGGGGUCGAGGGGGGUAUGACUUUGAGGUUGUUGAUCCGAAAAGGAGUCCGAAGCGGGCCCCAAACAAUCCUGGAGGCUGGUUUUAG